AUUAAGAAAUGCUGUCGUGGACGAACUGAUCUCACACCCAACCCGCUACAAGGACAUGAUUGAUAACAGCAAGGAAAAUCUCUUGACAUUUCGUGAAUAUGUGAGAAGCAUUAAAGACGGAUCUUUCUUGUCAGGCCAGGUGUUUGAAUGUAACUUCGUUUUAAUGGCGUUCGCGAACUGCACUCGCUUCAAGAUUGUGGUAUUACGACCUCACUUGUGCUCGUUUGUUUUCACUCCCCUCUGCGAGGAAAAGGAACACGUGAAAGUUUGUUACCUGAAGCAUAUACCACCAAGGGAUUACAUUGCUGUGCUUCCACUGGAUGAAGCAUCAGAUGAACAAAUUUCAAACAAAGAUGGGUUUUUAGAAAGUAUGGAAUAUGCAGAAAAGCUUCGAGACAAAGCACUAAAAUCAUGGCGUUCGACUGGUUACAAGAAUUUCUUACAAACUUUAACAUCGCUUUUGCCCAAGUAUCUCACUGGUACUGAAGAUGUUUUGGACAAGGUAGACGGAUCCCAUAUCAAUCGUCCAGUUAUGUCUCACCUCGCGCUUUUAAAAGAUAUUGGUUUUGGAGGAAAUGAAGAUGAGGAGAGCGACGAGGAGGGAGGUGCGAAAGAAGAAGAGGGAUCCAUGGUUAUAAACUGA